AUGAAAGCUGCAUGGGCCCUGGUACUGCGAUCAUAUACCAGUCAGGACCAAGUCUGUUUUAGGGUCGCAAAUGAAACGGCAAUUGGCAGCUCGACAGAUGUCGGUGGGAUGUGUUACGCUCAUAUUGCCGCGUCAACUACCGGACGACUUCUUUUACGCCAUGUCAUGGAGUUCUAUGAAAGUGCUUCAUGUGGCUCUUCGGGUGAAAAUCAAGAUAAUCAUCGUCGAUUAGUCAACACGGCCGUCUAUGAAGACCGUUCCGAUGACCGGCUGGAAAGCAUCGACCUCCUUCACAACUCUGAUGUUCAGGUGCGAAUCCGUUAUGAUAUAGAGAAUGUAGUCGAGUCAACUGUGAUUGAAUACAAAUGCAAUACUCUGUCCGGUGAGCAAGCAAAGGCCAUUGCAGGCACACUGCGUCAUACCAUAUCGGAGAUCAUUCACAACCUCGACACGCCUGUUAUAGAGCUUACAUUAUGCAGCCGGGCGGAUACCGAUCAAAUGAUUGACUGGAAUGCAUCUCUUGGAACCGACAGCUCGUGGAACCCGGAAUGCGUUCACGACAUCAUUUUGCGUCGGGGUCGAGACAGUCUUGAUCAGGCCGUGUCCGCGUGGGACGGCGAGUUGACCUAUGGCGAGCUCGUAGAACAGUCCACUCAUCUCACUGCCCAACUCAUAGCUAUGGGCAUCGGCCCAGAAACCUUCAUCCCGUUGUGCUUUGAGAAGUCCAAGAUGGUAGUGGUAGCACUCCUCGGGGUCAUCCAAGCUGGUGCUGCUUUUGUCUUACUGGAUCCUUCUCAUCCUAUCGAUCGACUGAAGAAAAUUUGCAAGUCGGUGUCUGCUCCGUUGGUGGUAUCCUCACUCAGCUGUGCCGCUCUGUCUCAUCAACUGGCUGAGCAGACUUUGUGUCUCGACAAGGAACCCCCAACCACCUCUGAGCUACCUCCCUUAUCGGUAUCUCGAUGUACGCCGAGAAAUCCAAUAUACGCAGUAUUCACGUCUGGUAGCACUGGGGAACCCAAGGGCCUAGUCAUGGAGCACGGGGCGUUUUGUACCUCCACGAAGCGAUCGGCCACAGCCCUCCGAUUAGGUCCGGAUAUGCGUCGGCUGCAGUUUUCCUCCCAUUCAUUUACCAUGUGCAAUCGAGAACUCCUCACAACUUUGCUGGUUGGGGGAUGCAUAUGCAUUCCAUCCGAACCGGAACGGAUUGGCGACCUUGCCGGGUUCAUCAACCGUCAUCGCGUCAACUAUGCCCAUCUGACCCCUGCCUUAGCCGAGCUCCUCUCCCCUGAUUCUGUCCCGACUCUGCGCGUUCUAUCUGUGGGAGGCGAUAGAAUUGGCAGGUCGCAGCUGAAGAACUGGGUAAAUAGGGUUGAGCUGAUAUAUGGAUACGGUGCCAGCGAGACUGCCGGGCCGGCUGCUGUGGUCUCUGUUCAGAGCUCAGACUGGGACCCUCAUAUUAUCGGUCAUUCCCAUGAUUCGGCUCUUUGGGUGGCCGAUCCAGAUAAUUCUGACCGCUUGGUUCCCAUCGGGGCAGUCGGGGAGCUGCUCAUCCAGGGCCCUGGAUUAGCCCGACACUAUUUGAACGAUGAGUUGCGUACCAAACGGCAGUUCUUAGGCCGUGUGGAAUGGCAACCCCAGCCUUCACAAAGUCGGCUAUAUCGCACUGGGGACUUGGUUCGUUAUAAUAUGGAUAGGUCCAUCUACUACAUUGGCCGCAGAGACAGCCAAAUCAAAGUUAAUGGUCAGCUGAUCGUUCUGGCUGACAUUGAGGAACACAUCAAAAGCUGCCCGAACCUGGGAGUUAAGGAUGUCACAGUCGUAGCUCUCUCCUCUGGAGAUAGAGACGAUGUUCAGAGACAUAGGAAACUCGCAGCCUUUGUGGGAAAAGCAUCACCCCAAGGUAUAGGGGAAACUGAGCCCGAAAUCCUCCCGGACAGUGUGUCAAGCCCCUGGGCUGACAAGUUGGAGACAUACCUGACAACUGUCCUACCUCGGUUCAUGAUCCCCGCACAUUUCGUGUUCAUGAAUAGGCUGCCAUUGACAAAGUCUGGCAAGGUAGACCGGGUGCAGCUGAUGAAAACACCACUGAACCUACCAAAAGACUUCGAUCAAGCCAGCCCAGAACCGUGUAUGACAUCUGAGGAGAAGGCACUGCAAACUAUAUGGGCAGAAACCCUUAACACUCAACCCCCUGGGCGACAUGACGAUUUUUUCAGAAUCGGGGGAGAUUCUUUGCAGGCCAUUAUGACUGUUUCCAUGCUGAAGGAGGCAGGUUUAACACUCACUGUCAGCGAUAUUUUCAAGCAUAGAACACUGGCGGCAAUCGCGUCGGCCAUUACUAAAGAAGCCUCGGGCCACAUAUGCGCCCCGCCGCUACCAUUUGCUCUCUUGCCUACGGAUGGAAACCUUCAAAAGGCCGUGGCUUCUGAGUUGGAAGUUGAUCCAAAUAUGAUAGAAGACAUCUAUCCAUGCACGCCAAUGCAAGAAGGGCUGAUGGCCUUGUCGACGAAAAGCCCCGGCGCCUAUAUCGCCCAACUCCGUUGGAGGCUGUCAGAGAGCAUAGAUAUGGCCAGGUUCAGGAAUUCAUGGAUGGCUGUUUGGGACUCAAAUCCAAAUCUGCGGACACGUAUUGCGCGACUGGACCAAAGUAUGUUCCAAGUGGUUAUGCGGCAUGAAAUUCCAUGGGAAGUCCUUGAAGAUGAGGGUCAGCUUCCUGUAGUCAACGUCGACCAUGGUCCACUUGUGCGAUUCGCAAUCACAUCAGGUUUACAAUCGUUCUUUCGCAUCGCUAUUCACCAUUCAAUCUUCGAUGCGUGGUCACUCAACCUUCUCCUUGAGCAGGUGGAGCAGGCGUACCGUGGGAACCAUAUUACAUUGCAUCCGUUCAGCCUAUUUGUCCAGCAUAUCCAUGCCCGUGCUCCUUCAUCGUCUGAUCAGUUUUGGCGAGCCGAGUUCGCAGGAUUCAGCGGUUGUUCUUUCCCUGAAAAUCGUGAACCUGUGGCUACACCCUCCGAGGUUGUAAGCACUAUGACGCACUCCGUUGACGUGAAAACAUCGCCAGGUGCCGAAUCCACCAGGGCAUCAGCACUUCGGCUAGCCUGGGCUAUGGUCAUAUCACAAGAGGUCGGUUCCAAGGAUGUGAUAUUCGGGACAGUCGUCACGGGGCGUAGUGCUUCUAUGCAAGGAAUUGACAGAGUUUCUGGCCCUGUUCUCGCCACGGUGCCAGUUCGCAUCAAAUUAAAUUCUUCUGACUCCGUCCAGAAGGCACUAUGCGGUGUUCAGGAGCAAUUGACCCGAAUGAUUGACCAUGAACAGACUGGGUUGCAGAAUAUCCGCCAGGCUGGAUCCGAAGCUGCUGCAGCCUGUAACCUGCAAAAUCUGUUGAUCAUCCAAGAUCGCCAAAGGAAGUCCGCCAUGCGGUCAGGCCUCUUCAGUGAUUUGAUCACCACUGAGGCGGAUUAUCUCCUGCCAUUUGCAAGCUAUCCGUUACAGCUCAUAUGUGAGCUAGAGAAAGAUGGCCUCACUAUGAAGGUAUCCUUCAGCUCCCAGUUUAUUUCAGAGGCAGAUACUCGGCGGAUCCUGCAUCAGCUGGGACAUAUAUAUGUCCAGCUCCUGCUCGAUCAACACCAGACAAUCGGUGGUGUCAAUGUCGUUCCACCUUGGGAUCUUGAAAAAUUGCAGAAUUGGAAUAGUAAUGUUCCAAUUGCUUCUCAUGCCUCUAUACACAGCCUCAUUGGAGCCCGCUGCCGUGCACAACCGAGUUCCUUGGCUGUUUAUAGUCAUGAUGUUCAACUAACAUAUGGAGAUCUCAGUAUGCAUGCAGAUCGGUUGGCGAGCUCUCUUAUUCUGAAAGGCGUUCAAAGAGGAGACAUAGUGCCGCUGCUUUUUGAAAAAAGCCCAUGGGCAACAGUAGCCAUGCUGGGGGUUCUUCGGGCAGGGGCGGCCUUCCUAAUGCUACCCUCGUCAUACCCAACCCAGCGUUUGAAACACCUCGUGUCUGCGGUAGAUGCGCGGAUCAUUGUGUCGUCAGUGGCUUGUGCAGAGGUCAGCCAUGGCAUGCAUGCGAAUGUCUUCAUAUUUUCUAGUAGCCAUACAGAAGGCCUAUCAAACGCACCUCCAAUGCCACAUGUUGAACAAAGCUCCCCUGCUUUCGUGCUAUUCACUUCAGGCUCGACUGGGGAACCCAAAGGAAUCGUGACCUCUCACGGUGCUAUAAGUACUGCGGCAGAGAACAUAUGUUGUUCUCUCCGGUUGACGCCGAGAUCCCGUGUUCUGCAACUCUCCUCAUACGCGUUCGACGUUAGCAUCAAUGAAACCCUACUAUCCCUUGCUGUCGGUGCUUGCAUUUGUGUUCCCACUGAGCAUGAGAGAGAGAAUGACCCAAGCAAGGCGGCAAGAGAUAUGCAGGCAAACUGGCUUUUCACCACUCCGUCCAUGCUGCGGUUGCUGAGUCCAACAGACGCUCCAACUUUGAGAACGAUAGUUUUGGGAGGCGAGCCACUUCCACGAAAUUUGGUCUGUGCAUGGGAAUCGUACGUGGAAAUCAUUCAAGUGUACGGUCCCGCUGAGUGUACUCUCGUCCCAACUGUUCGACUUGAUGUCCGAUCGGAUUCAGAUCCGAGAGACAUCGGACCUUCCACUGGAACCGCUACGUGGAUAGUAGACCCCAACAACCAUGAUCGCUUACUCCCAAUUGGUGUGACAGGCGAGCUUUUACUAGAGGGACCGACCAUGGCACUAGGGUAUCUCAAAAAUCCGGAACAAACUGCUGCCACCUUUAUCAAAAGUCCCUGCUGGCUGACUCGCCUGCGGACGCCGUCGCAGCCAGGACCAGUAUAUAAAACCGGUGACCUAGUGCGCUAUGCCCCGGACGGCAGCAUAAUCUUUCUGGGGCGCAAAGAUCUCCAGGUAAAAUUCCAUGGGAUCCGAAUAGAGCCCGGCGAGUUAGAGCACCAGAUUACAACCCUAUCAAAAUCUGUCAGCGAGGCCAUUAUCGAGGUAAUCCGGCCUCAAAGCCAGACGAACGGAGACCGUCUGGUAGCGUUUGUACGUCCCUGUUCCGGGAUAGAUUGGGGAUCGAGCAAUCUCCAACAGUGUUCAUUUAUUGAAUCGCCAUCAAGUCGGUUCUUUGACGAUAUAACCGUCCUGCACUCUCACCUGAGUCGCUCCCUUCCUCGCCAUAUGCUCCCCUCGCUAUACGUGCCUCUAGUCACGAUGCCGCAUACCCCGAGUGGUAAAGUGAACCGCCGGCUUUUACGAGAGGAGGUAUCGUCAUGGACUCAAGAUCGAGUUCUGACAUACAGCAGCGAAAAGCAACAUGCAGGGUCCUUCGUCUCGCCAACGACGAACUGUGGCCGCAUUCUUCGCAGACUAGUUGCCAACGUGCUCGGCCUUGAGCCGGAGAGCGUUAACAUGGCUAGUGAUUUCUUCGACAUUGGCGGAGACUCCAUUACCGCCACUUUAUUAUCUACCGCAGCCAGGAGAGAAGGCCUUAUUGCCACUGUUCAAGAUAUCUUAAAACACCGAAUCCUGUCGGAAAUCCCGAUCAAGACUAACCUCCCUCCUCUGGAGCAAGCACAUCCCCAUAGAGUGCGCAGGCAUCCUACUCACGAAAUGGCCGUUAUCCGGGCUGAAAGGCUCCGUGAUCUUGUGGCCGACGUACUCAACAUCAAGAACAGCGAAGUUAACGUCGAGAGUAACUUCUUCGCGCUUGGAGGGAGCGCCUCUACUGGUCGUCAGCUACUGGUUCUGGCGAGCGAGCAGGGGAUCCAUCUUACUGACGAGAUUAUACGCGACCAUCCCAUCGUAUCCUAUAUCGCCACAAUGGCAAGUGAGGAUGCUGCCAACGGUGUUGGUCCAGGAUUAGGCGCCUAUUGGUCCCCUCACCUCGGCCGACUAUCUGAGCAGCUUUCAGGUGAUGACCUGAAAAAUAUCGACGAAGUACUUCCCAUCACAGAAUUUCAGAGAUUCAGCUUCCAGUUCAUGCGGUAUCGCUAUUUUAGAAUUCAGCUAAAUCAGGGAUUCGACCAUGGCCGCCUGCUGCGUGCCUGUCAGAGCUUAGUGAAUCAUCACUCAAUCCUCCGGACAGGUUUUGCAAUCGACAAUGGCGGUGGACUGCAAUUCACAUUCCGUUCCUGGGAUGUACAAUUCCACAAGUACAGUGUGGAUGACCUCGAGGAGCACUGCAGGAAGGACUGCACAGUUGCUGAGCCACCUUAUUGCGGAAAGCCUCCUCUUCAGAUCCAGUUGGUGGCACUUCCAAAUACGAAUGUUUUUCUGGUGUUUCGGCUGGCGCACGCCCUGUGGGAUAUCCACUCACUAAAAAUCAUUGCGGAAGAUCUUUCUGAUCUAUACAACGGCGGGCUGUUGCUGCCCACCACCCCAUUCUCCGAAUAUGUACGCGCUGCGAGGGAUCUGCGCAGUGAGGCUGCCUACAGCACCUGGAGAUCGAUACUUGACGGGUCCCAUGUCACACAUCUUACAGGCCAAUCGUUAUCUGUGCCGAUGGAUGUCUCGCCACAGGAGACGGAAUAUCUCGUCGACGCUCGGAAGGUGAUCCCUAUGAUCUCCGUCCCUCACCAUGUCACUCUCUCGACGCUCCUUAAGACAGCAUGGGCUGUGACGCUUCGCUAUCUCUUUCCUUCCCAGCCACAUGACUCAACCGAGAAGUCAUGUCUCCAGGACGUUGUCUUUGGUCAGGUCGUUCUCGCAAGAAGCCAUGGACUUCCGCAUGAGGACCGAAUUGUAGGUCCAUGUCUGAGCACCAUUCCUGUGCGCGCCCACUUCGACCGAGUCACUUCAAAGUUGGCUUUGCUGCAGCAGGUUCAAGAGCAGUUAAUCAGCACGAUGCCGUUCGCAACGCUAGGCUUCGACGACAUUGUCCGGAAUUGCACUCCCUGGCCAUCAUCCACCACCCUUCCCAGCUAUGUACGCAUCCAAAAUUACGAUUCUCAAUCCACCUGUUCGCUUGAUGGGUUCCAGUGCGAUUGCAGCCACAGUGGUCUUCCCAACAAGCCCACCCAAUCGGCCAAUAUUCAUAUUCGGCCAACCACCACCGAUUUGCAUGUCGGUAUCACGGUAUCCAGUCAUGUUUUAGGCCCCAAACAGUCGCAGUAUGUAGUUGAAUGCUUCUGCAAGGUCAUUCAGGCUUUUGACAGUGCUUGCAUUCAAGAGCUCCCAGAUGUUGGCCCUCCAUGCUGA